AUGACCUUCUCUCACCACCACACCUCCCACCUCGGGCGCGCUUGGAUCUGGACCUGUAUAUUGCUCGCCACUCUCUUUGCGCCUGACGUUGAAGCUCAACUCAACAACGGUACUUCACCUACACACCAGUUCAAGUCGAGACCGGAUCUCCACGCACCUAUAAUCGAUUUUACUAUCCUUCGCCCGGAGCUAAUCACCCCGGGAUACAUAUUCUUUGCGCCGUUUCGAAACAUCGAUCCAGGACCGUACAUUUACGAUAAUUAUGGCAACCUCGUCUGGUCAGCUGCUGGAAGAAGUGGUCCAAAGACUGCACACGCACCGAAAGUAUGUCAAUACAAAGGGACAGAUCAUCUCUGCUACUUCCACGGAGAGCAGCACCAAGGCUUCGCUCGUGGUCAGGGAGUCAUCCUGGACCAGAGCUAUAGGGUGGUGAAGACGGUAGAGAGCUCUGGCGCAGGCGCGAGCAGUGAUAUGCACGAGUUCAAGAUCACACCCCACUCGAAUGGCACGACCGCAUUGAUGACGGUCUAUCAGCCCAGGCAGUACGAUCUCACAACGAAUCCGAGGUUCAACCUUCAAGGCGGUCUAGGCUGGGUCGUUGAGGGAGUCUUCCAGGAGGUUGAGAUUGAGACUGGUCGCGUUGUAUUUGAGUGGCGGUCGCUCGACCACGUCGAUCUUUCCCAGGCUUGGACUUUACCAGGUACCACGGACACGAGCGGAGACGGCCUUCACGAGCAGUCACCUUGGGACUAUUUCCACAUCAAUUCGAUCGACAAGAACUACGAAGGAGACUACCUGAUUUCCGCGAGACACACCAGCACCAUCUACAAGGUUUCUGGCAAGGACGGAAGUAUCAUGUGGUCGGUUGGAGGCAACAGUCCUACCAUCAGCAACACGAACUUCAAAUUCUCUUACCAGCACCACGCCAGAUGGAUUUCGGAAAACUCGACUCACACCACAUUCUCGUUCUUCGACAAUGCCAGCAACGCUUAUAAUCGGACAGGAGAAUACUCUCACGGCUGGAUCGUAUCAAUUGACCAUACCGUAAAGGUGGCAACAAUGAUCAAAGAAUGGGGAGCGCCGGAAGCUCAAGGAGGCCUGCUGUCAACGUCUCAAGGCAACAUGCAGUUAUUGCCAAACGGCGGUGCCCACAUUGGCUGGGGCGAGCAUGCCCACUUUUCUGAGCACACAGAGGAUGGUACAUGCGUACAGUAUGGCAAGGUCGCAAAUCGCGCUUCCAAUGUCAUGAUUUACCGGUCGAACAAAUUCAACUGGACAGCCCAGCCUAUAGAAAAGCCUGCACUGUGGACAUACAGUAGGAUGGGAGAGAGUGAUAGUACCAAUGAGCCAGAGUCGAUGAGAUUCUGGGUCUCUUGGAAUGGGGCCACAGAAGUGGCGAUGUGGAACUUCUAUGUUAGCGACAGCGCUUCCGGGCCAUGGGAGUAUGCUGGAACUGCUAAGAAGGACGGAUUCGAAACCGAGUACGUCCUUGACAAGUUCGCGCAGUGGUCCUACGCUGAAGCACUGAAUGACCAAGGACGACCUCUCGAUGCCAGUGUCAUCGCGAAGACAUUUGUGCCGAGUCUGAAGCUGAGGCAAUUCUGUGGAGAUCGUGGGUGCGAAUACGCCAAAAAAGUGCCUCCGGAGGAAGUAGUGCCAUAUCAUGCUGAGAACGAGGUCGCGAAGCAUGACUUGUCACCCAAUCGUGGUUUCAAUACCAAGCAGUACUACAUGGAUAUACCGCUCCCAGAGGAGAUGGUACCUGGAUCGGACAUCAACUUCGACGAGGAAGCUGACGAAGACGAGUACUGCACAGGAAAUGGGCGCAAGACCAAGUACAACACCAAGACUUGGUCAAGCGGAAGUACAACUGUCGCAGCUGGUACCGGAGUUAUGGUAGGCUUCACAACUGCAGUGAUCGUUUUCAUGCUGUGGAGAGCUGGCGCAUUCCGCAAAGUACACGGCAAGACAUCCGAACUGAUGGAAGAAGUCGCACAAACGCGAUUUGGAUCGAGGACACUGGGUCAGUACAUGCGAGUUCGAGAUUCGGAUGGCUUCGAAUCUGGAUACAGCAGCUCCAGCGGGAUGUCCUGA